GUCGACGACUAUGACUACGCUAGGAGAACGACGACGGCGGCGACUACGACUACGACUACGAGAGGAUCGACAAUGAGAACGGCGAAUAGGUGGUAUAUAGUGGUAGUGGUUAGGCGAGUAGAAGAAGGUCGCGUGUGUUGGUUACGUGGACGAUACACAUAAUGGAAAAGGUGUAGUGGUGUUAUAGUAGUGGUAGUGGCGCGAGUCGGUGGUGAGGAGGAUAGCGGUGGUGUUGUCGGGCGGUGGUGGUGGGACGAAGAUGGUGGGGUGGUUGGAUGGCGGCGCUCCUAGCGCGCAAGCCGCACCGUCCGACGCGGAUGCAGUUACGGGAGCGCAGCGCGACCCAAUGCAACUCGACGAACGUCGCAUAUCCGGAGCCGGAUCAAACGUCGAGGCCUGGGCAAGUGGUGCGUGUGCGUGUGUCGCUUCAUCUCCCUCUCGCCUGUGCGCCCGUGAAACACGCGAGAGAGAAACCAAGGGGGAGUGACGGGGAAAAGACGGAUGCGAGAAGUAAAGCCGAAAAGAAACGAAGGAAGAAAAUGAGAAACGGUGUUUCCCUCGGCGGUGCGUAAGCGCGUCUUCGAGAAAAGAAAAAGAAAAGGGAAGACGAACGAGCAGGAAGAAAGAAAAAAAGAAAGAAAAUAAAGGGAGAAGAAAACGGUGAGAGAAGAGCGACGGAGAGAGAGAAGAAACCUGGCGAAAUAACCUUGUCGAACUCGUGCAACAAAUACAUUAAGGAAUCUCGUUGUUGUUUCGCUCCUCCGAUCGAGACGAACCGCAGUUGUCGUCGUCGUCGCUGCUGCUGCUACCGCUGCUGCUGCUGUUGCUGUUGUUGUUGUGCACGCGCGCCGUGAUUCCGCGCUUCGUACUCACGCCCUCGCUGCAUAAACUUCUCGUUUUCCGCUCCGUUCUUGCGGCCAAGGCGUACCGCUACGAGCAAGAAAACUACUCGGUUCCAAGAGAGGAACCACCAUCGGCAAGUAGAAUAAUCGACGGAUCGUCGUUAUCGCGAACGAUCGGAGAAAUAAAAACGGAGCCGGUAGAGACGGAAAAGCAGUGGGAGAAAGAAAUAGGAAGAUAAAGGUGGAACGAGUGAGUAGUAAAGGAAGAACUAGCCGGUGUUAGAAUCGUCGUUGGUGGCAGUGAUCGUUGGAACGGUGGCAAAACGCAGAUCCGUCGGUGAAAUUCGCGCGCGCCUCCAAUUUCCUGUCGCUCGGAUUGCCGAAUCGAAUUCGUGGCGGAGGGAACGGAAGACGGAAGACGGGAAAGGAAAACGGUAAAAGAGCAAAGGGUAAAAGGAAAAACGAAGGAGAGGGAGAAAGAGGAGAGUACCAGCGACGCUGUCGAGGAUCGGAAGGAUCGAACGGAGGAGAGCAACAGGCUCCUAGCGUGGAAGGAAGACGGUGGAGGGGAGGCGGUACAACUGGAGAGUUCGGUGCAACCGUCGAUUCCAUUUCGUUAGUUCGCGCUCGGUCUCCUUUUUCGUACGCGUGUCAGUCUACGAGCGGAGCUACGUUUCUCGUUGGAGACCUUGUCGGUUCGCGGCCGUCGAUCGUUUCGCGGUCGCGCCUGUGUUACGUUCUUUGUCUCGUUUCUGUUUCUCGGUGCGUGAAAGUAUAAAACGACGCCGGAAAGAGAGGAAGAAUCAGAGAGAGAGAGAGAGAGAGAGAGCAAGAGGGAAGAAGAAAAGGAAGGAGAAGAGGAAGAAGAAAAGGAAGAUCGCGAUUUAAUUCGAAGGAAAAUGUCAAGGAAGAUGCGCGACGAGCGCGGCUACCGGCUCGACACGAGAGUGGCGAGCCGCUACCAACCAUUCUGAGGACCGAGCGCAUCGUCGAUCGUCACGCGAGAAGGAAGUGCAACCCGUGAUUCUUCCUGUCGUGAGAGUAACGUUCGAUCGAGUAGCGGUUUCCUCGAAAGGAGGCCGGACGAGAGGAUCGGAGGGGUGAGCGUGAACGGCGAAAUCGGUUGAAGCGAAAGAAAGCCGAAAGAGGAAGUAAAAGGCAGGACUUGCCGGCGGCGACAGACUGCACUCUCGCACCGUUCAGGGCGCAAGCGUGCACGUAUGUUGUGCGUUUCCGUGCCCUAACCCUGUCUCAACACGAGAGAGUAGUCGUUUCUCGGCGUUCUCAUCCCUACUCCAGCAACAUCGCCGCCGUUGCCGCCACCGUUAUCGCCACCGCCACCGCCGCCGUUACCGCUACCGCUACCGCCACCGCCACCGUCACCGACGCUGCUAUCGGCUCACCAUCCCUCCAACGUUUGCAAAGAAGCACCGCCAUAGCCGACGUAACGACGACGACGACGACGACGACGACGACAACGACGAACACCAACAACAACACGAGGACGACGACGACGACGACGACAACGACGACGGCGACAAAGAAGUAUAGAAGGAGAAGGAAGACGAAGACAAAAACGUUGACGAAAAUUGCGACCGCCAACACUAACUUGACCAUCGGGCUUCCAUCAUCGGCCCUCGAACAUUUUUCCCGGUCUUGGUGCACGUUACGCCACGCGUGACGUCGUAUCCAGCGUGCACGUUAGAACGACAGUGUGCACUACCUUCUCCCCUCGUAUCCUGCUCGCGCACGCCUUGAGUCGACGGCGCGCGUCCAACGACGAAGAAACAUUGGACGAACUACGACGAACGAAAUCAAAAGGAGCAGCGGAUCGAGAAAGUCGAUCGAUCGAACGUUGAGACAGGAGCAAGGGAAACAGAAGGAAGAGCAGGAGGUGGAGGAGGACGAGGACGAGGACGGGAACGACAACGGCGACGACGACGACAACGACGACGAGGACGUGGACGGAGGACGGCCGGUGGCGUGGGGGGUGGACAUCCACGCGGGAACUCGAGGCAGGCGCACCCGGCCGGCACGCACACACAUUCAUUCUAAGAUGUGAUUUCAAAAAUGGCGGAUUGCCCCUAUGCCCGUUGCAUACAGGAACGCAGACACAUCCGACGGGAGCUGCUGCGAUGGACAAAGAAUAUGGUCUUCGUAGUCGUUACGAUGGUGUCGCAGGUCUGGAACGGGUAGCGGAGGAGUUGAUGGGCCGUAGGAGAUGGAAGCAAUAUCAGGACACCCUGUACAGCGGUACUCGCAGCAGCGAAUCAGUGACGGCACAGCCCCACCACCGGCUCUACCCGGCGUUCUCGUCGUCCUGCGACCCGGUGGUGCCCGGGAAUUUGGAACAAAUUGGGUCGCGUCCGCUUCAUCCUGCGUCCUCCUCGUUACCUACAACGAUAACGACGACAACGACGGUGCCACCGGCGAUAACGACGACGACAGCGGCAACGACGGCGACGACAACGGGCCCGAUCAAGCAGGAGAGCCUGCAAAGGCAUCACCUGCAGAACCACCAUCACCUACAGCCGUCCGCCGUUCAAGAUCACCACCGUCACUAUCAGCAGCAACAACAGCAACAGCAGCAACGACAACAACGGCAACAAGAAGACCGUCGCCUAAGGCCAGACGAGAUCAAAGUCGAGGUCGGCGAGGACGAGUUCGCGAACGGUGUCGCCCGAGAGGAAUCGGCUACGAAGACCGCGGAUACGUCGACGACGACCACGGUAACGACGGGCACGACGACCACGUCGACGACGACAACGGGAACGAGCAUACUUGCUACCAGUACCGCGACCGGCACGAUCGCGACGAUCACCACGCCGAACACCACCGCUGUUAUGACCACGGGAACCACGACGAUCGCGACGAGGCGGCGACGCAAACGCCGGCAGAACGACGGAGAGGCCACCGACGACAGAGAGGACGACGAAGAGAACGAGGAAGAGGAGGAUGGAAGGGGGCAGGCCGAAGCGGAAAAACGGUUGAAGCUCGACGAAGACGCCGACAGGCCCGUCAGUCCUCUGAGAAGGGAGAACGAUCGAGGAUCUCGGGAUUAUCCGACUGCCAACGCUACAGAUACGGAAGGGACCAAGGAACGAACGGAAGAAGUCGCGUUGGAGCGGACACCGGUGACGCAGGGUUCAUUGAGAGUGAAAACGGAGGAGGAGUUGCAAGGAGUGCCGAGUUCUGGAGGCGGUCCAACGAUAUUGACGACACCGACGCCGGAUUCGGAUGCGAUCAGGUCAGGGUUGCCGUGUCGGGAGGUUGAAGCAGCCGCUAGAAACGCGGUACCGCCGUUUCUUAUUGGAAGCCGACGCACCAGCCCACCGCCAGAAGACUGGAAGCCGCUAGACAAAUGUUACUUUUGCCUGGACGGCAAACUACCGCACGAUGAUCAACCACCUCUCAGUCCGCAGAGCGACAGUAGCAGCAGCUCGCGAUCGGCCGAGUCACCGAUGUCGGUCCAGGUGGACCCGAUGGCGGCGUCCGUGGUCGCCGCGGCUCUCACCGGUACCUACCCUACCUUACUGCCUCAGUGGUGUCUGCCACCAAGGGAGGCGCCUCUCGUUGGGGUGCAGCCUCAUCAGGACAGUGCAACGCCAGCCGACCAACCUCUCGACCUCUCGGCCAAACCGAAAAAUUCUCAGGAUAACAACAUAUCUCUAUUGGAACAACAGAAAAUACCUCUGAGGAUGACAGCAGGUAUCGACCCCAAGAGUAUCUUUAAUUCUUGUUAUCGUGCAAAACCACGUAUGACGGGGCCAGUGGCGGCCGUGGCGGCGGCAGCAGCAGCUGCGGCAGGCGUCGGUGGUGUCCCCGUGGUGGGUGCCGGGGGUGGCCGGAGGGCCUACACCGAGGAGGAACUGCAAGCCGCGCUUAGGGAUAUCCAGAGUGGCAAGCUCGGCACACGAAGGGCGGCCGUGAUCUACGGGAUACCGCGUAGCACCCUGCGCAACAAGGUCUACAAGCUUGCGAUGGAACGCGAAAGGGACGCGUCCCUGUCUAGCACCCACUCACACCCUCACGAGCCCGGCGCCCCAGCCACCACCACCACCACCAUCACCACCACCACCACCACUACUACUACUACUACAACUACAACACCACCAAAUACGACCCAAAACGCCUCCGCGACCACUCCGCCCCCGCAAGUGGAUGAGUUUAACACACGGCCGCUUGGUCUUGGCGAGGUUGCAAGACUCGAGGUGGACGACAAAGAACUGUCCGGAGCGGAAGAGGAGAAAGAAGUGGAGAAAGCUCUGUUGAAGCCACUGUUGUCCUUGGAAGACCUUGUCAGGUUUUCCGCCCUCGAAGGAAGCGGAGGUGAUUCCCUCAGAACGUUGCUACAACGAGGACACGAGACGGGAGCCGAGUGGCCAGGGCUCGAACACGCCAACAUCGGCCCGUAUAUUCAAAAGAUGCUUGCAGCAGCUGCGCCAUUUAAAGGCAUGGAGACGCAAGACUAUCGCAUUCCAGAGGUGAUGAGAAGGCUGAUGAGCGAAGACAAGAGGCUAAACAAAAGCGUAAACGGGGACCAGUCGCAGCCACCGCAUCAGCAGCUCCAUCACCAUCAACCGCACUCGACGCACCCUCAAGCCCAGGCACAGUCGCAGACGCAGCAGCAGCAGCAACGUGGCCCGAUGACGAACGACGACUUCAACCCAAACAUCGAGGAAGAGGCGAGCGACAGUGCUCAAGGCAGAGCGAUCCUCAAGAUUCCGUCCUACAAGCCCGCGAGCACGCCUGGAUGUUCGAGCAAAAACGGCGAGCCAACGUCGGCCGCAUUCGCGCAAGGAUUCGCAGCCGCGACAGCAGCCUCGAGUCCGGGUCUCCUGGAACGAGCGAGUCCUGCGUUCUCCGGCACCAGUAGCCCAACCAACUCGUUGGUGGGGAAAACGGUGGCCGUGAAUUUCCGCGACGUGAUCGCGAAAAGCAUCAGCGUCAAAUUCCAAGAGGGUCAAACGGUCGCGACAGCCGGAAUGCCCGGAUGUCAACCGGCCGCAGUGGUACAAUCGCAGCAAGCGAUAAUGACGGAUCCAAGUCCGUUCAAAAGAGGCAGAUACACACCGCCUCAGCCGGCGUCGCAGCAAGCCCAGUCGCAGGCGAAACCGCAGGCCCAAGAAGCGAACAAACCGAAACCAGCUACCGGUGGCAAAGGAACCAGACCGAAACGCGGAAAGUACAGGAACUACGACAGGGAUAGUCUGGUGGAGGCUGUGCGCGCGGUUCAGCGGGGUGAAAUGAGCGUGCAUCGUGCAGGCAGCUAUUACGGAGUACCACACUCCACCCUCGAGUACAAAGUUAAGGAACGGCACCUGAUGAGGCCAAGGAAGAGGGACCAGAAGCAGUCGGACGAUAAAACGAAAGAAACCUCAGCCGUGGCAGCGGCGGCAGCAGCCGCGAACAUACGACCAGGUACGGCGGACAAGAAACCACAAUUAAAGCCACAGAAACCGUUCACGUCACCGGGCGGUAUCCCAGGACCCAACGGGAUCAAGAUGCCGCCGUUCAUAGAAGGCAUGCCUCAUUUGCCAUUCACGCCGUUCAAUUUCUGGAGUCCGCCGCCGUUCAUGCCAUCGCCGUUCAUGGCAGGAGCGCCGAACGUUCCAACGAUCCUACCUGAACAGUACUUUGCGACGAGUAGGAUCCGCGGUCUUCAGGAACAACAAAGAAACGCGGCCAUGGUGCAGCAACAACAACAACACCAACAACGAGACAGGGACGGGAUAGGCGUCGCUGCUGGUACCGCUGAAUCACCUGGAACCUCGAAUUCUCGUAGUACGCCGAUGAGCAAAGCACCACGGGAGGUAUCCGAGAGCUUGUACGAUGGUUCGGGAGCGAACGGCAGUUUCUUGGACAAUUUGAUCAGGUCGAGCCUCGAGACGGGAAUUCCAAGGGACCAGAGGGCAAUGACCGACGCGAGGAACCAGCAGCAGUCGUCCUCGCAACAACAACUCCCGGAAUCGAUGAGGGGCAAAACGUUGAUCGAUCAACUGUGCAGAAACUCGAGGAGAACGCCGGUGUCGAGGCUGGCUCAGGAUAGCAGCGAGGACGAGAGCUACAGGGGACCAUCGACAACCGGUAGGCCGAUCCCGGAAAGACCGGAACGCGUGCCUACCGUCGACCUUAGCCCGUCACCGUCGGAACGUGGCCGGAACGACGACGGCAGCGAUCGACUCACGUCGCCACCGACUCCUCUCUCGAUCUCGAGGGCCGGAAGCAGAGACGAGGACAGUACCCGGGACUCGAGGAUCGAUCGUAGCAGCAGGGAACGAGAGGUUCACAACGGUGGACAGGAAGACCGCGAUAGAAAGACUCUGACCAUUCAGCAGCCGCAACAGCAGCAGCAGCUGAAUCACUACCCGGACUUACACAAUCUCUACGCCGUAUCAACUGAGAAAAAAAGUGCCUGUGAUAGUAAGCUUAUAGUAGAUCAUUCGAGCCAGAAGACUCAACAGCAGCAGCAGCAGCAACCGCAGCAACAACAACAGCAGCAGCCACAACAGCAGCAAAAGGAAUAUGAUGCGGUGAGCGGACUGGUUGUGCAACUGCAGCGGGGCUACAACAUCGGGAACAACAGGUCCGGCGAGCAGACCAACAGCCAGCAAUCGACGGAGCAACGUGGAUCCGUUAUCAGUAUGGAAGACUCCGUUGAGCAGUAGGAAAAGAAAGUCGGUAUCGUUGAUCAGUAAAGUAUACAAGUAACGAAUAAUAUACGGUGAACGAUCCGUGUAGACGGUAAGAGUCCACAUUCCCGCCCAAUGCACCGGCAUUUUACACACCACGUUGCCACGGUCGGGGAUCCUCGGCCUCCGCUUUCUCUCUCUCUCUUUCUCUCUCUUUCUCUGUCUCUCUCUUUCUCCCUCUGUUUCGGUUCAAGCAUGUACACCAACGUGUACUCGAUAAUUGUCACUGUUGUGUCUCGCGAUUGGCCUCGACACCAUCGGCCAGAACCGACAAAGAACCGGAAAUUCGUGCACGACUUCGUCGCGCGUCGACUAUGAAAGCGAGCGCGCGACCGUUUCCGAGGAGAAGGGCGUGAAAGCCGAGCACCUCCUCCGUUGGUGUGUGUGUGUGCGUGUAUAGGACGAGGGACGUUUCGAAGAAAACGCGAAACGUGGCACGAAACGGUAGCAAUCCCGAGCCUGACCCUGCCCUUUCCACCCGGAAGCCCCUUGAACGUCGCGAGGCAAUAGAGGAAACAGAAAAAAAAGACGGAAAAGCGAGUAACGAAAAAAAAAAAAAAAAGGAAAACACAGAAAUGCGUAAAUGCUACCCAACCACCCGUGAACCCACUGCGAUUCCAUCAGUUACAUGUAUCCGGCGCUCGAUCUCCGUCCAGCUGACGGUAGGUCGUACCGGUACCUUUUUGACUAUGGCGAUAUUUCGAUUCGAGGAGAAGGCAAGAAACGGAUACAAGACACGAUGCAACGUUAUUGUACCGAAUGCAUACACACGAUACACACACAUGGCCAUCCACAGAGACACGCAGAUAGACGUACUCAUUCGCUCGGUGAUACACUUAUUUUCACACGUACAUAUGGACGCCUCUGACACCGUCGGGUAAGCAAGAAUGCGCGUGUACGGUAUUACCGUAUGCCGAUCUAUGCAACGGCCCGGCGUUAAAAUACAAAACGGGGAACAGACGAAGCAGCACGUGAAACAGUCCGCGCGUGCACGCGUCCGUAGAGAAGAUACGCGUUGGGUAGGAGCGCGCGAUGAAAAUUCUGCAGGGUUGUCCGGUCGACAACGCGCGCGGAUACGUUGGCCGAUGAUAGACAUUUUGAACGCGCGAACGCGACGAGAAGACGAACAAAAAAUGAAGAAAUAAGAAUAAAUGCCGACGCAGCAACGUAUUUUUUCCUCUAUCGAUGUAAAACUACCUAAUGCAAGAAAAAAAAAACUUAUUACAUACUACUAACAUUACUUAACUCGUAAGGAGCAACAUAAUUAUAUAAGGAAUGAUAUAUUAUAUAUUAUAUAUAUAUACAUAUAUUUUUGGUCAUUACGAACGUAUGCGAAACGAGAACGAGCCAAGACUUUUGUUGGCGCGCGUAUAGAUGACGUUUUUUCAUAAGGCGACAAUAUUUCUCUAAUCUCGGUUAUUUCGAGGCUGGCGUUCGGUAAAAACGCGUACCCCCUCUUAAACGGGUCGCAUCGAACAAGGACGAAAGAGGGAAGCGGGAAUAAGCUGCUUAGAAGAGUAUGAAACGAUUUUCAUCGAUGAGGGAACGAUCGCUCUUAUCGUUGAUCGAUGCACGAAAGGUAAAUAUUUCACGAACAUGUGCUUUACGUUUCGAAAACGAAGAACAUUGGGAAUAUCGUUUGGAAAAGCAAUUCUUUGGGAAGAAAGAUGAAUUUAAUUCGAUUCUCUCAUCGACGAUGAUCGUUUCGUUCCAUGGAACUACGGCGAGGGGAGAUGUACGAGGAAAACGUUAAAAAGAGAAAAUGGAAACGCGUAGAUGUAUAUAAAGCAUUUGGAGAAAAAGGAUUGCUAUAUGUAUAGGCGUGCGCUUGUUCUCCACUCGGUUGUUCUUUACCGAAGUGCAAAAAUUUUUCUUACGCGCGGCAACGCCACGCAUUUUGAUACGAAUUGCAAAUUUUCUAUCGCGUAGAGGAAGAGAAGCAGCUGUAAUGGCGGCGUUCGUAGAAUUUCUUCACGAGGAAAACAUCCCACUCGCUUCUGGGAGGAAUCGGUUCCCUUUCUCUUCUGGAUAGUCGAUCCGCGUGGUCGACGAUCGAAACGUACGAUAAAUCAGGCGAGUGUGACGACGUUUCGUACGAUCGGACAUUAGUUUCUUCCUGUCUGACUUUUUCUACGAACCACACGACUGUAUCUCGAUGGUGUUUUCCUUUUAGCGUCGAAGAAAAAAUUGUAGCAAAAUUAGAUGAAAUUCGAACGCGUCGAAAAGAUCGGCCAUCGUUAUUUCUAAUAAGGGAAUUCAGAGAUUUCCAUUUCAAGAAACACGUUCCGAUGUUCGUUGAUACUCUUUCCAGACGUUAAACGACUUUUUGAAGCUUCUUAUUGGUCAUUAAUAGAGGCAAUGACGGUGACUAUGAUGACGGCAGCUAGCGUAACGAGUUCUAGAGAGUCUAAUUUGCAAAGAUCAGUCGCAUCGUUGAGUAUCAGAGAAAGAAUUCCUCUUUCGCUUCUCUUCAACGAUGCGACUGAUCUUUAAAAAUUAAUCUCUGCAAAAUUCAUAUAACGUUUUAUUACCAUCGUCAUCGUUACGGACUUUAUCUGCGUCUCUGACGUUAACACAGCCGAUAGAAGCUUCAGAAAAUCAUGUAAUUUCUGAGGAAGAGGCCAGCGAACGUCAAAACUUCUUGGAAUCGAAAUUUCGAAAUUCUAUCACGAUCGUUUCGGUCGCGGUGAGCGACGAUACAACACGAAGAACGCCAGUCCCUCCUCUUUUGACUAAUUUUUUCGCAGGUUAUCCAUGAGCGUCGUGCGCGCGACUAUCGAGGUAUCUUCUCGUAUUUCAAAUUAGAAUUCCGUUCGACAGGAGAUCCUUGACUAUAUAGAAUGAACACGUUAAAAUAAAUACAAAAAAAAAGAAAAAGAAGGGAAGAAGUGGUGAUUUCGUCGUUUCGCUAGUUGUAGUAGCCGAGCAGGACGUUGGACCAAGACGAAAUCGAUGAAAGCAGGCGAAUUCGAAAGCAGAAUGACUCGUUUUAGCGAAACACGCGUAGAAAACGUUACCACGUUCGAGGAAAAUAGUGAAGUUCGGCGCGUUAAAGUACACACCGCGGGCCACGAUUUUUCCGUCUUUCUCGCGUGUCGAGGAGGAUUUCACAAGUUCUGAUUCUAAAAAAAAAAAAAAAAAGGACGAGGACAGAGGAAACGAAAGGAUAAUUCACGCACUCAUCUCAUGACUCUCUUUAAGUAAAGUAACGACUGAAAGACUCUAGGCUGUACAUAAAGUAUAAGGCAUGUAUGUUCGGUGUUUUAAAAAAAGCAAAAAUUCCUUACUAACGCAAAAAAAAUUAUACCUUACGAAAAAAAAGUAAAUCGUAUAAGCAAGGCUACUCUCUCGGUGUUUUUUGGAACUAAACUUAAAAUUUACCCACCCCUAAACUUAAAGCAAAAAAACCGUGAAUUAAGGAGGAAAACUCUAAAAGGGAAUGAAAAAAAAAAGACGGGUGAAGCGCACCCACGCAGAGAAGCGCGUCGGAAAACUAUUAAAAAAAAAAAAAUAACAAGUUAUUGAGUGUAAACGUUAAGGUCUCCUUAGGGUUAAAGAAUAAAAAAAAAAAAAUUAAUAUCGAAGCUGAACAGCAGAAAAACACAAGUGAAAAGCAAAGCACUAAUCAUGAUUGUGUGUAAACGUAAAUUAAAACCUUCCUUCUAACCCUGUAUCCACUAACACACCCCUUUUUAAUCACUCACCAGCCGACUACCCGCUUCGCGUCAAAGUGUAAAUUGUUCGGUGUGAUCUUACCUACACGAUACCUCGAAAGAAAAGAAAAACAAAAAGGAAAGGAUACCUUUUUCUAAACAUUCGCCAGGCACUACACCAAAAAAAAAAGAAAAAAAAAGGAAGGGAAGGAUAUUUCUUACACUCGUUCCAACUACCGCCUUCUUUUCCUGCUUCCUCUUCCCCUUCGCCCUUUACCCUAACUCCCAUUCCUUCAUCCCCCUUGCCUUUCUAACUUUACUCGUACCUCCUGAAACCCUCUAACCCCCUCCCCCGAUUUAAUCGAAUCCUCUUCACCUUUCUACCUUGCAAAAAUCCAGUUCACCGACACACCCGGGACAACAGAGACUCCCGAUAAUACCCUUUUACGAAAGAUUUAUCGUUAGAUGUGAAAAAUGGAUAUUUAUCGUGCGGAUGAUUGUAAAACGUGCGUAAAUUAUGAUUGUCGUUAAUUCAAUUACAGUUACAAAAAGUAUACGUCGCGACGUUCUGCACGCGUUCUCUAACCAGGAGUCGAUAUCCGUCGUCGUCGAUCCACGCGCUGUUCCACGGUAGCUUCCCGCGGCUUUUACAACCGAGGGAAACGAGAGGCGCGACGCUGCAAUUAGACUUAUGUCCGCGAGAUCGACGACCUCAUCGUCGCCGGAGACUUCCUCCACUCGUCCAUUUCUCCAGCUUCGACGUUCGUUCAAUGGUUCCGGCAAAUGUCCUGUCAGGAAAAACGUUACGCGCGAGACGCUGUUCUCGUUCGUUCUUUUCAAACACAUUAAAAGUAAAAAAAAAAAAAAAAAAAAGAAGAAGAGGAAGAAGAAGAAAUGAAAGGAACAGACAGGAUAGGGGAUGGUAGCAGUGUGAAAUUUUGUUGUUACUUUCGAUUCGGUGAUGCACAACGCACAAAAUGACUUCUCGAGAAUUCGUGUUGAGGUGAUAAUCAAAAAUGGUAAUCGCGGAUUUGUCUCGUGGGAUCGAUCCGCGAGGUUUCCGGAAGGGAGAGGAGUGGUGGAAGAGGACAUUUCUGGUUCGACGACGACAGCCUCGACUCCUGCGCGAAUUAGACACGCGAGAGCUACGAGACUCGUCCGCGUUCGCUAAGAACGGGACGACUGAAUCGCGACAAUUGGGACGAUCGGCGCUAACGGCGUAAUUAACGAGGCUGCCGUGUAAUGAUUUCCCAGUGACACAGUCGCGUCAACGUGUCUGCCACAGCGAUUUCGAUCGACGAGACCGAGGGACGAUUGGUUCUCGGCUCGGGGAAUUCGAAACUUCUUCGUUCUGGUGUCCAAAACGAUGGACAUCGAGGAACCGAUUGGUACGAUUGAUAAAACACACGUGAAAAGAGAGGAAAACAAAUUUUCUAGAAAAAUGAAAGAGAUGCUUCUCUAUUUUUGCGGGCAAAUAUUCACCUAAGAAGUAUAAAAUUGGACAGCAUUCUGUGAUUUUAAACAUUAUCGGCGUACGGACAGAUUCUGUCCAUUGGUUAUCGUGUACAGCAGUUUUAGGAAAAUUUUCCCUAUCGAAAUUCGUUCUUUGAAAGGAAUAGCUAGAGAGGAGUGUUAGGGUGGAUCUAACGAGGUCGCAUAAGCUAGGGCAGAUAUCGUUGCCAACGCGACUGUAGAGAGAAGUGUCGAUUUACGUUCUUUUUUUUUUUCCUUUUUUUUUUUCUUCGAGGGAGACGGCGGGACGAGAAUAAGAAAUCCAGUUAGCACGGAACUAAAGGAUUGUAUUAAUACACACGACGUAGCGGCAGCGUCGUAGAAUCGGCUUCUCGAAAUCGCAGGCCAGAUUUCAUCGGAUCAAACGCGGCUUUUCUUCAAAGGCAUUUCAAAAUUCGUUCUCGCGGGAGAUACGUCGGGAGAGGAAUGAUUUCGCGUUCGUAGAUUUUCCGGCCGUCUCCUUUUACGUCGCGGGCGAUACGCUGAAACGAUCCGGCGAGAGACGGAUUGGUCGAAAACGGGGAGGAAAAGAAAUCUUUAAGAAUUAAAAGAAGAUAUAUUAUAUUAAAAUAUCUGUGAUGUAAAAAGUAACAAAAUUUUGAUGUAUAUUUUUCACAAAUUAUUGUAACCAGCUAGUGUAUAUGUGUAAGAUUACGGAUAUAAAAGAAAAAAAACAAAUACUAUUGUAAUUACGGUGUGUGGAGACAAAAUGACGAGUAAGAGAGAGCGAAUUGAAAGCCAACAAACAAACAAACAAAAAGAAACCAAAAGAUGAAACAAAUACGGGAGAAGCGAGAUCGCGAGAUUACGUUUAUCCACACCGGUGGUCAGACGGGACCAAGAUGGCGGGCAUUGCUCGGAAAAUCGGGCCCAAAGAUUCUCGUUUUUUCGUCGCUUUUAUAUAUUUUCGUUACGCGUUUUCCGUUUCACCGCGGGCAAACGAGAACAUUCGAAUACCAACAGCGAUUUUCUUCUCGUUCCCGGAAUUACGUCAGAGAAUAAAAGUAAAAGCGAGAAGGAAGAGAAUAAAUGAUUUUUUCGCUUGAAAUUCUAAGUCUAGAUUCUCGAUCGUCAAAAUUGAUUCGUCUAUCGUAUAAUUUGUUACUUUGUUCGUCAGCCUCGCAACAUCGAGCAACGACGAUCAUUUCGGGUGGUUCGUGUUUCAAAAACUGGAAGAUUUGGUCCGAUUGGCCCUGAAACGGCUCAAUGUCAGCUACCUCACAGAGUAUCGUCACGUUUGGUAUGGUUUGCGUAGGGGAUGUUCGCGUGUUUCGGUUGCCGAAGUAAAAUUGGAUGGCCGUCCAUUGAAAGCUCUUUCUAUAUUCGUUUCUUUCGUGCGCUAUAAUUUUCGAAGAAAUUCGUUCGAAUCAAAAGAAAAGAAAAAAGAAGAAGAAAA